AUGAUCGAUGAACUGGACGCGCUCUUAGAUGCACUAAAUCUUUACAUACCUGCGAAUUCCGCCAAUGCCACGCCUGUCCUACUCCAGCACCAUCCAUCUGUGCGCGCGGAGAUGCUAGAGCACCUAAGGGACCAUAUUCACAAAAUGGACGGGCAGAUGGCCCGUAUGAGCAUUACUGCGCAGAAGUUCAAGCAAUUCGAGAAGAACAUGGUCCGGUGCCAUAGUGCUUUCCAAAAUGCGCAAUCGCCUAUAUUUUCCCUGCCACCUGAAAUCUUACGCAAUAUCUUCGCUAGGGUUGUCUGCGCGAGUGAUGACCGAGUGCUUCCGGAGGAAUUAUUACUAGUUUGCUCCGCCUGGAAAUCACUAAUUCUUUCUUCUCCGGAGCUUUGGACGGGUAUCGAGGUGGACCUGAAAAACCCCAAUCGCUCUCGCGCUUACGUCGAGCUUUCGAAGCCAUGGAAAGUACAAAUCACUCUUCUCAAGCCAAACUUUUUCGAUUUGUCUGGUAAUACGCUUGGAACGAUUCCUUCAUGGAUCGCCAGUGAGGAUGUUGCCUCCCGGCUGACGUGUCUCUGCGUGCAGUUAGAGACCCACUUCACUCAGUCAGUAUGGGCAUGGUUAAUUAUGAGAGAUAGUCCCCUAUUUGUCAAUCUCUCAAUCCUGGAGAUUGUCUACUUCGCACAUGGGGGAUCCGAGAUGCCUCUGGACCUGUUCUUAACCGACACAAAGUUUCCUCGUCUCACCUCACUCCGUCUCUCCGGGGUGAUACUAACACCUACAUCUCCGGAGAAGGUCAUGAAUAUUCAAUCUUUGUUUCUGGAAAACUUCUUUGUGGACGAUGCCGCUUUGGUAGCUCUGAUGCGGAGUUGUCCUCAACUGCACACCCUUCACAUGCGUGAUGGUUUUCCUGAGCAUACCUUCAUGGGCGUAUCCCUAGUCCAUCUCCCUAAUCUUCGAGAAUUCGAGGUUUCAUCUUAUGAUACCCUUAUAAUAAUCGAUCUUUUGAGACGGAUCGAGGCACCCGGAAUUCGCACACUCAAAAUUGCAUCUUUUGAUACAUAUACGCUUUUGGAUGAGAUCAGGGCCGUACCUCAUACUGCGCUGGAUGCGUUUUUGUCGGCAAUUGCGAACCAGUCGCUCAAUGAACUAGAGAUUUGUAGCCAGACCCACACCAUGACCCUCUUCUUAAGCAUGCUCUUAAGGGAGGCUCAACUGCGUGGGUCAAGUGCUUUUCUGGGAUUGAGACGCUUGAUGUUGCGGAUCCCACUUCCUGAUUCUUAUGAUAGCGGUGAUGGAAACGGAGCUUCACAACUCCGGGCCCUGAUGGAACGCCUUCAUGAGCGGGGUGCUCGAUUGCAAAUUUUGGAGGUCACCUCGAAUUUCAUCGCGAAUGGCUCCGAAACGUUGGGGAAAUAUGUUGGGGCCGUUCAUAUCAUCCCUGAUUGA